AUGCUGCUCUGGAUGCAGGCAAUAAGUUGGCGUCGGCGGGCCGGGGAGGCCGCACUGUGGAGAGCGGUGGCGUCGGGAGGCAUCUCCGACUGUCCGCGCAGCCAAGGUCAACCCAAAGGCGCCUGGUUGGACAAAGAUGGGAAGCCGGAGGCGGAGAAUAGUAGAUCUUGCAGAUGCGAGUGCCCUGCAUUGAUAAGGCUCUUGCCGACAGCUGAUAACAGUUGGUACAUGACAGAGCACUGUGAGGGGCACAACCAUUCCAUGUCUCUAACGAUGGGAGAGGGCGAUAUAUAUCGACGUCUAUUAUUAAAGAUUUGCUAA